AUGCCCCGCCAGGAUGUCACAGACGACCCCGUUCCACCUAUGAACCAGUUCCUAGAAACGCUGGCGAACCACAUAGUCAACCGACUAUCAAUUGCCGCCACCGUUACGGCCGAGUUCAAAUCGGGGGCAUGGCCGGUAAGCGUUCAUGGUCCUAGUCUACUUGCCCUGAAGCCAUGGUUUCUGUUUGGUAUCCUGGUCACAAAUCCCGCUAGACAUGGACAGCGAUGA